CAGAGCACGCAAACGAAUGAAACCUAUCAUCUCAUUUGUGCCUUUUCCAGCGGAUUUUUCAGCUACUGUAGUAAACCUUGUCAAUAUUCAGUUUGUGGAUAAUCUAUUAUUUUCUUUCUCAACUUCUAAAAGUCUGAUUUAAGGGGGCAUUGCCCCAGUGUAGCUGUAGUGUAGGCGGCACCGCUUCCGACUGUAAUGCAGCCUUGGCGACCAUGGACUGUCCUGACGGAACUAUUUAUCUUCUAUCUGCUGGGACUUGACUGUGAAGGCCAAAAAGAGCUCAAAGUCAGACGAGGAGAAAAUGCCACUCUGGAGUGUUACGGUCCCAGUGAGGCUACUGAAAUAAUGUUAAGGUGGACCAAACCUGACCUGCAGACAAAUGAUUAUGUCAUUUACUUAAAAGAUGGUCAUUUGCAGAAAGACCUCCAGCAUGACUUGUUUAAAGGUCGAGUGAAGCUGAAGGAUUCAAAAUGGAUGACGAAUGGAAACUUCUCAGUGAUUCUCAAGAAUGUCACCUUGAACGAUUCUGGAACAUAUAAAUGUUAUGCAGCAUACAACAAUCAGGCAGCUCAGCCUUUGAACAGCAUCAGCCUGAAGGUAGAAGAUCCUCCAGGUCAACAAGGAGGACACACAGAUGAUGGAGGGAAGAAGAUUGGAUUUGUUGGACUGAGAGCUGGUCUGUCAGUUUCUGCUGUGCUUCUUGUUGCUGCUGUUGGUUUUGUGAUCUACACAAUAUGUAGGAAUUCAAAGUACAAGUCUCCUUCUGAACAAGGACGGCAGAUGGAAAUAUCUUCAUAGCUGACCUGUGAGUCCUGCUGCUGUUCCAGGUUUUUAUCAUUACGUUUAACACUCAGAGUGACUGAUGUUCUGAGGAUAGAUACAGGUAACAAUGCAAAAGUAAACUGUGUAUAAAAGAGUUAAAGUGGAGGAUGGGGGAGAGAAUAGUAGAAUGGUUGGGUGAUAUGUAAAAAAAAUUCAACUGGCAAUCAUAAGUCCAAUAACCAACAGUGGGUGAUACAUUCGUGCAUGCACAGACUUUUUGAUGGGCGUGGCCCACCAUAUCCCUGACUUCAUAGCACGGCCCAGUU